CCUAACCAAAAAAUCAACUGUGUCUUCAAGUACCACUUGAGUGUCUGUCUGUCUACCAUUAGUUUCUUCUAGCAGAUUGAGAUACAUACCAAAUGAAUGAUGGAUCACCUUAAACCAAAAGAUCCAUCAAUGGCUUGCUAUUUUCUACUGAAUAUUAUGAUCAUCCUGUCCUCUUCUCUCUUUCCUGUUUGUGCUAGUGAAGACAUUUUGAGAGCAGGCGAAUCAAUCAACACUAACCAAACCUUAACUUCAGCUGGUGGAAAUUUUGCGUUAGGCUUCUUCAGUCCAGGCAAUUCCACCAACAGAUACAUUGGCAUAUGGUACAAAACAAUCUCCAAACAAACAGUCAUAUGGGUUGCUAACAGAGAAAACCCUCUUGCCCAGAAUUCUACAGCGGUUUUCAGGCUCGGUGAUGAUGGGAAUCUUGUGAUUUUUGAUGGAAGAGGACAGGUAGUCUGGUCAACAAAUGCAACAAUUCUCAAUUUGGCCAUUAACUCCACAGUUGCACAGCUUUCAGAUAAUGGAAAUCUCGUUCUGAGACUUGGUGACGACACUCUAUUAUGGCAGAGUUUUGAUAAUCCAACUGAUAGAUUCCUGCCUGGCAUGAAAGUCAGGUUGAAUCGGAAAACUGGACAGCGAAGCCCUCUAUACUCAUGGGUAGACAAUGAAGAUCCUCGACGAGGAAUGUUUUCAGUAGGCAUAGAUCCUGAAGGGCAUCCACAGAUUUUCAUUUGGAAGCAAAACCAGACAUAUUGGAGAAGCACAAAGGAUUCUUGUCUGUGUGAAUCUUCACCAGCUUCAUCAACUGCUUUUUUAUCACUUCUCGUAUCCAAUGAUACCGGACAUCAAUGUGCUUUGUACGUGAAUGAGAGCCAUCCUCUCUCUCUCUCUCUCUCUCUCUCUCUCUCUCUCACAUUUUCUUUGUUUUUUUUUUCUUUUGGUUUUUUUUCUCCAGUGAGAUCUAGAGGAUCUACGCAAUCCGGAAGCUCUAAUUGGAAAACCAGAGUUAUUUUGUUUGUUGUGUUAUCCAUGUUUGUGCUAUUAUGCAUCAUUAGCUUGAUUUUUUGUAGAAGAAGAAUGGCAGCAAGAAGACGAGAAAGCAGAGAAAGAAGAGAGGGAAAUCAAGCGAUUCAAAUGUAUGACAUGGAAAGAAGUGUAAAAAGCUUCUUAGAUUCGAGUGAAUUCAAAGAGGGUGAUAAAAAAGGCAUUGAUGUACCUGUUUUUAACUUAGAAAGCAUAUUAGAAGCUACAAAUUACUUCUCAAAUGAAAAUAAGCUGGGAGAAGGGGGAUUUGGGCCUGUUUACAAGGGUAUAUUCCUUGGAGGACAAGAAAUCGCUAUAAAGAGGUUGUCAAGUCAUUUAGGCCAGGGCUUAGAAGAAUUUAAGAAUGAGGUUGUUUUGAUUGCCAAACUUCAACACAGGAAUCUUGUCAGACUUUUGGGCUACUGCAUCAAAGGCGAUGAAAAGAUUUUACUUUAUGAGUAUAUGGCAAACAAAAGCUUAGACACAUUCAUAUUUGAUCGAACAUUGUGCUUGUCUUUGGAUUGGGAGAAACGCUUUGAUAUCAUUUUGGGGAUUGCUCGUGGGCUUCUUUAUCUUCACCAAGACUCCAGGUUGAGGAUUAUCCAUAGAGAUUUGAAAACAAGCAACAUUCUUUUAGAUGAAGAGAUGAAUCCCAAAAUUUCGGACUUCGGUUUAGCAAGGAUAGUUAAGGGCAAAGAAACAGAGGCGAACACCAUGAGAAUUGUUGGAACAUAUGGCUAUAUGUCUCCCAAAUAUGCAUUAGAUGGAUUGUUCUCAAUAAAGUCUGACGUCUUCAGUUUCGGAGUAAUUGUGCUUGAAAUUGUCAGUGGGAAAAGGAACACCGGAUUUUAUCAAUCUAAACAAGCCCUGAACCUUUUAGGUUAUGCUUGGAGAUUGUGGAAUGAGGAGAAGGCAUUGGAUUUGAUGGAUCAGACACUAAUUGAAUCUUGCAAUAGAGGUGAAGUUUUUAAAUGCAUAAAUGUUGGGUUCUUGUGUGUACAAGAAGAUCCUAGGGAUCGUCCAAAUGUGUCAAAUGUACUUUCCAUGCUCACUAAUGAAGCUACAACUCCUCUUCCAAAUCCUAAAGAACCAGCUUUUGUUGCAAAGAAGUGGAUUUCUUUUGCACCUUCUUCUUCCUUUGACAAACCCGAAACAUCCCAUUCUAAUAAUGAGUUGACAGUUUCUACAGAACCCGGCCGAUAAAUAAGAUAGUAUUUUCAUGAAUCUUUACUUCUACAUUUCUAAUAGUCAUUUAGGUGCAAUAAGUUUGUGUAAUAUUAAUUUUAGGAUAAAUUACUAAUAAGUCCUAUUUUUUAAAACAUAUUACUUAUUAAGUUUAUCAGUCUCUCUUAUUUUUAUAAACAAAUUUAUUGCGAUAAAUUUAUUAGCAGAACCCGUUGAUAAAUAAGUUUAAUUAAUAUGAUUGAUAAGUAACUGCCCCCUUAAUUUUAUCGGUCUCAAAAUCAGAUUAGUGUUAUCUCCAUGUUUUGUGAUUCUAUAUUUCUGUAAAUUUAUUUUUAUUUUUAUUUUUAUGGUAAAUUAGACUCACCUCCGUGCAGUUUGAAAGAAAAAAAGAAAAAACUAAGUUAGUCUCACUCUCUUCAUAUAUAAUAAUUACACUGACUUUUCCUUUUAAUAUUCGAAACUGGAAUGUUUAUAAACAUUUAAA